AUGAUUUUUAAUCGAGCCGCCACGCAGCAGCAGCCAACGAAUGCGGCGAACGAUUUAGCGACAGCUCCUUCCGAGGCUGCUUUCCAGCUUCGGGGAUCAGCGUCGGAUGAAGGCUCGGUAGUAGGCGAUACCCGGGCCGCGUCUGGUGAAGGAAGCGAGGCGAUUAAAGACCUAUCGGGUCCGCCGGUCCUGUGCUGGGAGCGCGUGGGCGGAUCCACUAAGGCGUAUGUAGCGAAUGAGAUCGGCGGGGGAGGGGAUGGCACGGAGGGGGCGGGGAGGGGCCGCAAGGGGCGGCGGAGAAAGCCGUUUUUUAUCCAGGACGUGGGGGAGCGCGCAGACGCGGUUAUGGUGGUUCCUUGCCCCCGCCUCUCUCUCCUGCUGCACUAUUACGGCGGACUCAUGCGCAUACUCACCGUGCGCUCUUUCCCCCCACGCUCCCUCCCUCCCGAAACUUCUCCCCUUCCGCCACUCCCUUCCCACACUCCGUCCCGUCUCCAUCCCUCUUCCAUUUCCCUCAUCUCCCUCGUCCCCGCAUUCCAUUUACAUUUCCUCCCUUCCUACUUUCCCUCCCUUCCUUCCCCAUCAGUAUUUCUUCGGCCGCGCGAUGGGCGUCUUCACCACGCGCUUGCUGCUGCCGCAAGCCUUCGCUUCUUCCCCACAAUAAUUCCCGCCUCCUCGCCUUUCGCUCCCCGCACUCUCCCCCCCCCUCUUCGCACUUCCCCCCACGUCUCCCCUUCCCCCCAUCAGUAUUUCUUCGGCGGAGCGAUGGGCGUCUUCACCACGCGCUCCUUGCUGCACGCCUUGGGAGUGUCGCGCGGCGCGGGCGGCGGCGGCGCGGCGGCGAGCGCGCUGGCGGUGAACUGGGUGCUCAAGGACGGCGCGGGGCGGCUCGGGAAGAUGCUGUUCGCCCGCCACGGGAAGCGGUUCGACUGCGACCUGAAACAGAUGCGCUUUCUGAGCAACAUGCUGCUUGAUUUCGGCUGCUGUGUCGAGCUCUGCACCAUGGCCGCCCCCAAGUUCUUCCUCCCACUCGCCUGUGUCGCCAAUGUGUUCAAGAACAUUGGGGCCGUGACCAACACAUCGACCCGAGCGCCCAUCUACAAGGCGUUUGCACGGCGGGAGAACAUCGGAGACAUCACGGCCAAAGGGGAGAGCAUUAGUAACCUCGCUGACCUGAUGGGCACAGGAGCUGGCAUUCUCAUUGCGAGGAGCAACCCUCACCUUGCUGCCACCUUUGCUCUCCUUUCCUGCGGCUACCUCUUUGCAUCGUUCAACGAGGUCAAGUCCGUGCAAGUACCCACGCUCAACCGCGCUCGCUUUGCCGUGGCAGUGCGCUCCUUCCUGGAGACGGGGCAGGUGCCUUCCCUAGCAGAGGCCAACGCCAGGGAGCGCAUCCUCGUGCUGCCGUGGGCUGUGGAUCGACCCCUUGAGCUGGGAGCACGCGUGGCAGACGCAUUCAGGAGUCCCUCUGACCUGCUCGCAUCACAGGCCAUCUUCAAGGACGAGCAGUACAUUGUGACGUACCUUCCGAGCCACCGGAGGGCGUACGUCGUCCUCAAGGAAGGAGCCAAAUCAAGGGACGUGGUGCGGGCGGCCUUCCAGACGCACGUGCUGCUGCACCUGCUGCACCAAUGGCGGCAGGACACCUGUCAGCAACCCCUGCUGACUCACCACCUUUCUCCUGGAAACUCUCCCAAAGUCCAAACUCCUGGCAGCUUCAACCCAGCGGCCCUUUCCCCGACAGACCUCGCCCCGACCGCCCUCUCCCCAACAGCCCUGACCAGCAGCUCCCCAGGUCGGUGGGCACCCAAGGAAAUCAGUCCCAAGGGCCCUCGCGCGUGGCAAAGGUCCCUCACAUCUGCAGAGGUGGAGCGGGCAGUGUCAGAGAGCCUUGAGCUCACGCGAACCCUGUUUGGGACGUUUGAGGAGCGGGCUGCUGCUGAGGGAUGGACCAUGGCGGAUUCGCUGCUCAACCCUGGAAAGGCCCGGGUGCUGUCUGGUCCCCCAACUGCACGGAUAGUGCAGGCUGCUGCUGUACCUUCUGCUCCAGCUGCUGCUGGUAGUGUUGCUGGUGGCAGGGUUGCCUCCACUGAUGGUUCUGCAGGUCUCACUCUCCCUCCACUCUCUGCCUCAAGCCGGGUUACUGGCCGGGUUGCGCUCAAGCCCUUUGCAGGUGCUGCUGCUUAG